UAACACUGGAAUUAGAAACAGAUUACAAGUCAAUACGGCUUCGGAGAGGAAAAGCCGAUUCGGUCACAAAACAUACUCGUGUUAUCUAAGCCUUCAAAAUUUAUCUAGCUAGAUUUUAGUUUUUUUUUAAAAUUGAAAGCCGAUUUUGAGGUUAAUAGGUAAUAUUUAUUAACAAAUAAUAAUUGUUUUCAAACAGUACUUAUGUUGUCGUAAAGAAAAAACAAUGUAUAUACAUGUAUUAUGAUAGUUAUGUAUAAAUAUAUUUUCAAGCUGACAUUAAAAUCCUCGCUUUGCAUUUGAAUACGUAUUAUGUUCUUCACUGUCAUGUCGAGAAGCUAACAGCUGUCUUAUAAGUUUACAAAAGCUAAACCAGGAACUUGGACGAAUUAUCGACAAGAUAAAAAAAAACGUUAUCAGGCCCCAUGUCAUUUGUGCACUGAAAUCUUCAACAUGGUGGUCACUUGUGUACUUCUUCUUGCCUUCCUCUCUACAGGGAUGGGUCAGCAUUGUAAACCAGGAGUUACGGAGAACGUGGCUACCGGUUGCCGCAAUUAUUACGCAUGCGUCAACGGCGUUGGUCAUUUAGUAACAUGUGAAGACGUCGGAAAAGGCUUCGUCUACAAUUCGGCCACAAAACAGUGUGAUGAUCCACAUAACGUGCAGCCACCAUGCGGUCAACAAAAGGACUGUACUGGCAAAGGGGACAGAAACUAUGCUGACAAGGACAACCAAUGCCACAGUUACUAUACGUGCAACAGGGAUACUUUCUUCGGUCACACGAUCUGCGCCACGUGUAAGUCAAGUAUUUUCUCGUAUAAUUUGAGGAUGCCACAUCUCCGAGAGCAAUUAUUAUUGAUUGAAAGCAAGAAUAUGUUAUUGCAUUAUUCAUCUCUGGUGUUUGACGAGAGCUUGCAGACGUGCAACUGGCCACAGAAUGUGCUGCCACCUUGUGGGACCAAGACGACAACAACUUGA